AUGUCCAAUUCCACGGCCGUGUCCAUAUUGGACAACUUGGCCGACAUUGAUCUCCUAAAACAACUCCAAUCCGACAUUCGCAAGGAAUGGAAGGGCGACGAGCCGGGCAUCAACUUCUUCCUCCUGCUCGGCGCCCUCCUCCUCUUCGUCACAUGGGCCGUGUUCUCGGUCUACUUCUUCAGUCGCGUCUGCGGCACGUUGAUCUGCGUCUUCCUCAAGAGAUUGCUUCCAUAUUUGAUGGGAGAACAACAACAACUUCAGCACUUCUCACUGGGCAGUUUCUCAGUGUCCCUUCUGGCCGGCAAGAUCAUGUUUCGCGAGGUUUUGUGGGUGACGGAUGAUUACUCGUUGAGAAUCAACGAUGGGUACCUAAUAUUUUCAUUUUGGAGGAGGGUCCCCAGAAAGGAGGAGCUGGAAGCCACGAGGGAUCGGAAGCAUGGGUAAGAGAGUGGUUUUUGCCAUAGAUAAUACUUCAUAUAUUUUGGACUUGAAUUUCCUUGAAUUUCAUUUGAUAUUCACAUUGUUUUAGAGAUAUCUCUCGUCUCCACGUCUCCCUGAACGGCGUCAAACUCCAUUUCUACAAUCGUCUCGACCUCUAUCAAGCCUUUGCCAGAGCGGCACGAGGCGCGUCAGCAUCAGCCGGCCAUCUUGUCCCACCGAAAGAACAACUCCCAGCCAAAGACAACAGCGCCUUCUCUCAACUCGCCAAACGAGUCGAGGAGCAGCAGUUGGAGGCGUGGUGGGACAAGUUCUGGAGGCUGGUGGGAGUCAUUGUUCUCGACAUUACCAGCUGCAGGAUCAUCGCCGGCAACUUGCGAAUGCCCUACGCCUUUGCUUUGGUCUGUGAGAACUCGCAAUGUAGGUUCAAAACAACGUUUUUUUGAGUGUUGGGAUUGCAACGCGAUUUUUUUUUGAUGUAAGAUUUGGAUUUCCAGCCAAACUAUACAUCACGGCCGCUUCGAAUCCGGAGGAUCAACACAUGUUCCGAAUGAAGGCGACCUUGGAGAAUGUUCGAAUCUCGCUGGUCAAGCAGACUGGCUUCAAAGGACAGCGUGAAGACCCUCCGAGAACGAUGGGAGACGGAUUCGCCAUCCUGCAAAGCGCCACCAUCCAUUUCUUUUAUCAACAGGACAUUCUGGGUAGGUGGCCUUGUGUUUUCGCAAACUUUUUGGUCCUUCUUUAGGCUUUGUCCGACAGGAGGAUCGCCAAUCCGCCACAACGAAUAUCCCGGUGUGGGAAACGACCUGGCGUUUCGACAAGAACACCGUCAUUUCCUAUGGUCCGUGGGCCGACAAGCGCCGCGCGGAACUGUACAGUUUCUUCUUCCCUAGCGACUAUGGGAUCGUCCCGAUCACGGAGAUGCCUCGAAGAGGCGAAAAACGCAUCUUUACGCAACACAAGUCGGAGUUCUUUUUCAUCCGCGACGCCACAAUUGAUAUGUGGUUUAUGCGAAACGAUGAAUUGAACGCAAUUCACAGUCGAAUCAUGCCGGGCUCGAUUUUCGAAUUUACAGUCCCGUGGAUCUGCGGAGAAAACGGCUACACUUCGGGUAAGAGAAGUCGUAUCACGGGAAAACUUUUGAAGUUAGCAUGGUCUGCUAGCCAAACGAUUCUUUUGUGAAUACGUGGGGAAUUUUUUGAGACCCAAAUUCUAAAAUUUUCACAUCAAAUGUAUUGAGGAUCUCUCAUUCCUGGAAGGUUACUUUUGCUAAUACAUUUGGAAAUAAGGGAUCAAAAUUACAAAAAUUGUGUGUUUAGAAUCUCCAGGGGACCCACACUUGCGCAUGAAACUUUAUUAGCCCUGCAACAACAGGUAAACGCUGUCUUUAUAGCCCUCGUUCAUCAAGAAAACGGAUCGUUUUCAAAAUUGAAAAUGUUUCUAAAAAUUUUUGAAAACGAUCCGUUUUCUUGAUUUUAUCUGAACGAGACCUAUAAAAACGGUGUUUACUUGUUGCUGCAGGCCCUAAUAAAAAGUUUCAUGCCGAAGUGUAGGUCCCUGGAGAUUCUAAACACGCAAUUUUUGUAUUUCUGAUCCCUUGUUCCCCAAUGUAUUAGCAAAAGUUGACCUUCCAGGAAUGAGUGAUCCUCAAUAAAUUUGAUGGGAAAAAUUUAGUAUUUAGAUCUCAAAAAAUUGUAAAAAAUAUUUUUAGUGACAAAAGGCACCUUCCUCAAACUCGAAGCCACAACGAGCCUUCCAUUUCGAGACUUUAUCACUUGCGAAACGGCCCGAUUCAACCUGGUCGUCCAUUUCCCGCGCAAUUACAACGCUCAUCAGUCCUGGAACUUUGGCCUCGAACUGCAUCAGAUCUCGACGUUCCUUUUCUGGGAUCACAAAAGAUUUCUGGCGGAUCUGAUCGACGAAUGGACCUCGGACAAUGUCUCGGAUCUCUGCAGAUUCGUUCCGUACACCUGGAAUUUCAAUAUCAAUAUUGUGGACCAAUUUGAAGUCAUCUUAUUGCUGAACGACAAGAAUUGGGUAGAUACUGGGUAGGUUGAGACGAGUAACAUAAGCGGUCAUUUUAAAAUUUAUUUGAAUAAGCGGUCAUUUUAUACGAUAAAAUAUUUCCGAAAAAAUUUUGCAAGCUCAAAAUUGUCAGCAGGAUCUAGGAGGUUUAUUUUGCCCUUGGGACUUUCCAAUCUUACUGUAAUUCCCUUUCAGCGCCUCCCAAUCCGCCGAGAACACCCAAGCAGCCAUCGUGGGCAACCAAUUGACCAUCAGUUUCUCGCUUCCGUUCGACCAAUUUAGCCCCGAAACCAUCAAAGUCGCCUACGAGAUCAAGGCGUUCAGCGAAUUGGCCCUAAGGAUCCGUGUUCCCACUCAAAGCACAAUAGAGCCAUUGUUUAUGGCACUUCACAAUAACGCAGCCAGCAAGACCAAAAUGAAAGGAUCCAAAGUUUUUGUGACCGCCGGAUCGGAACAGGUGAGAAAUUGAGGAGAAUACGAAAAAGUUUCUUGUUUUUGUAUUUACACCUCCCAUGUAUAAAUUGUUGUUUUGCUGAAUAUACGACAUCUUUAGGGCUUUGUGGAGAUCUGGAGGACCGACUCGAUUGCUGUCCGCUUCGACCAUGAAUACCAUCCAAUCCCUUCAAAAGUGAACUCGGAUAUUCCACUCAUAUUCCUCGACGAUUUCCUCCCCACAGAAGCUUCACAUCCGGCCGAAUUGGCCCCCGACAACUUGGAGAUUGAUAUCAGUUUUGGUGAAUCCGAGAUUUUACUCAGUGGAGUGCUCGUGCGAAUGAUUUUCGACCUCAAAGACGAUUACUUUGGAAGCUACGAUAAGGUAAAAUUUUAGGAGAGUUUUGGCCUUAGGAUGUUUUAUGUUUGGAUUCACUUUUGGGCUUGGUUUUAGAUCUCCGACAUCAACGCCGACAAGCGCGAACACACGGUGGUGAAGGGCUUCGAAUUGGACUUUUUCAAACGCCCCGAGCUCUUCCGCCCCAUGGAUUGCAAACUCAGAAUUCAACUGGACAAUGUCCAAGCCCAUUGUCUGACAUUCUCACCGAAAACCGACUCCGAGACCCCGGAUCUCUGCCCCAUACUGUUCAACGAACAAAUUGCCGUGGAACUGGCCAAAACUCACAAGGAAUGCCUGGUUCAGGCUCAGCUGGCCCCCACCGUCGUCUACUUCUCGCCAAAAGCGAAUUCAGCCAAUCUGUCGGCAUUUAUGGACCCAGCAUUCAGGGCAGAUAGACUCGACUACAAUUGGGACAACUCGAAUCCCGAUUGGGUGACUUUGGACUCGUUCCAGUUCCGGGGGCACGGAUUGUACUCGGACAAGGAAGUGCCGUGGGCGGUGGAGGUUGUGGAAUACGCAUGGCAAGUGGAAGUAACUCUAGGCCAACUAAACGCCAAACUACAGCCAAACAACGUGAUCACGGUCAUUCAUUUCGCUGAAACUUUUCUUACUCUUGCCUUGAUGCCAGAUGAAUCCAUGCAACUCCCGGAAGAGUAUAAUCUUUGCCAUCAUUUCGAAAAUGUUAAAGUAAGGAAGAUUUUGGGUUGGAUUGAUAGUGAUGUUAUGAAAAAAUGGGAUGGUUUUACUCCUUGCUUCUAAUUGAACUCGAUUUUUUCAUGCUCUUGUUUUAGAGCUGCACCAAGUCCAAUCUAACCAAUUUGGAUCCAAAAGACCGACGGGUAAAGUGCCUGGGCUCUGACACUUUGAAAUAUAAGCUUUGUCGCGUCUCCUUGGACGGAAUUGACCUCCAAAUUCACAGUGGAUCCCAUGUAGUUCAACUCAACAGCGAUUUUUUUCGAUUCGCAUUUUGCAACAGCCACAACGGCACCUUCAACGAGAACCUCACAUUCACCAUACCCUAUCUCAAGAUCAGACAACUGACUUAUAUCCCGAGUCGCGGGAUUUACGCCGAAAUGGCAAAAGUCGACGUGAAAAAAGUGGACAUGGACAUACGACUACCGUACUCCGAACACGAAAAAAAGAUGCCGGAAGAGCGGCAAAAGUUCCUGAAAAAACAUGAUGUCACCACGCGACGACUGCAUUUCAUAUGGAUGAACGAAGAGGCAUGCGGUUGCACAGGGGAUUCACACUUCUUUGCCGCCCACGACAUCUCCGGAAAACUUUUUGCCAAAAAUUUUACCCAGAAAUUGGCCGAAAUCGCGCUGAAAGGCGAUGAGGAGCAAUACGGAUUCAUGCAGAGUAUCUUGGAUCGAGAUACAAGGUAAGAGGAGAGGGGAUUUAGCAAGAAGUAGACGAUUUUAUAUUGUUUUAGGUGCUUAUUUGAGGAAGUUUUGUAAUUUUGGUAUUUUGAAGAUGAGUAGAGACAGAUAGCAUGUCUAAAUUGAGUGUCUAAGUAAUAUGAUGAUGUUGGAAAACUUUUAUUUUGUCUUAAAAUCGAUUUCCAGCGGCAUCCGCUUACUGGAGGAUGAUCUGGAGGAACCCGAAGAGGUCGGCCGGAAGCUCAGCGAAAACUCAUUCCAUUCGGCCAACUCGCAGACUGCGGACAACAAAUCCCAAGCAAACUACUUGAAGUACCUCGAACUGGCGGAUAUCCAAACGGCGAAACCCGAAUCCCCCCAGUUUUCGCAUCCCGGAGCAAUUAUGAAAUGGAUUCUGAAGAAUACAAUCCAAUCCAAACUGUUGACAAGCGGAGUUUCAGAGCUUUGCCUGAUUCGAAAGGAAGUUCAAAAUGCCCGAAACUCUUCGUACGCGACGUCCACGGAAUCGGAGCCGCAUUUUCCGGAAGAUUGGGGCAAGGAUCAGAGUGCAAUCUACAUUUCGGGAAUUUGCGGACAGAACUUGCAGGUAAAACUGGGUUUUUUUGAUAGCAUGUUGCGUAAUACACAGUUGCAGUCAUUAUUUGAAUUUGGCUUGGUCAAAAAAUCAUUUUGACAUACGGUAUUUUCAGAUUUUCCUAACUCCGCCGGCACUAGAAGCCGUCGAAGAAAUUCUGGAAGAAUUCUCGAAAUCUUUGACCAUUUUUCAUCCAGCCAUCGUCCCGCAGAAUAUGUACUUCAAAUGCGCUCUCAGCAGGCAUUCUCAGCCAUUAACUGUGGAUCUGGGCAAGGAGAGAAGUAAAAAAAAAAAUUUUUUGAUUUUUUUCAGAUAAUUUUUUCCAUGAGAUUUUAUCUAUUUUUUAUAUUCAUCUUGUUUUUUUAGCAUCAAGAUCAUCGACAACCUUAAACAUCUUCCUCAAUCUACCCGAAAUGGACCUGAAUUUCUUCCAGUCCGAGCCCGCAAUGACAACGGAAAAGGAAGCCAUUGAGAUAAAUGAAUUCGUCUCCUCAUUCUGCCUGGUUCACAUCGACUCCUCCGUGUUUCACACCGAUAAUACGGCCUCGAAUGACGUCUUCAAACAGUUGAAUCGCCGGAAUACGACGGCCGCCGACAAUGCGUACAACGACUCGAACAUGAACAACUUGAAUGUACCGAGUUUUUCGCUGGAAAAGGAUCUGAAAGCGGAGAAGAAUGGGUUCAAAAUCAAACUGAAGGUGAGUAUCUUUCAUAUUAUGUUUAUUUUUGUUUUCAGUCCAUGCACAGCCAAUAUCUCCACCUCACCAACACCCCACAACAAAAACAACGAGUCAAACUCCCGGCCACGUACAUCACAAACUUUGACGAACUGGAAGCCAAGCCCAAAGAGUCCCAUCUUCGCCUGAUGUUCGACCUGGACCUCCCAUUCGUCGAUGUGAAGUUGAGCACCGGCUCAACGGCCGCUCGCCCACCCGCUUAUCCCACCGGCCCCAAACUGUCCCUCAUCAAUCUGCCGACCCCAACCCAACCCGCCAAACGAACCGAAAGCACGAUCCGAGAGCCCAAGUUGCACCAACGAGAUCAGGACCCCACCCAUUCGCUGAGCAUCGACAUAGCCCCGUUGAACUGCACUUGGUUCCUGGGAAAACCGAUCGAGGCCCGAGAAAAGAGCGAAGAACUCACGCUUCACGAAGUUUUCGCCCCAACUCUGAAUGCCUGGCUAAAAAAGAUGGACAAUUUGGUGGACAGAAUUGAUGAUUUUGCCGAAAAAGUGGAACUUUACGAAGACAUUGGGCUAAUUAAAAUCUUGACCGAUGCCUUGGACUGGAGUGAUGCGCAGGUAAAACAGUUUUUUUUUUUGAGUUUUUUGAUUUGAUUUUCGAUUUUUUUAUUUUUUUUUCGAUUUUUUUCUGGGUGAAGUUUGAAUGCCGGAAUAGCAAAAAAAAGUUUUAUUCCAGCUGGACAAGACAUCCAAGAUGCAUGAGCAUAAGAUCAACGGAAAACUCUACGACUCUUGCCCAUCCUGUAAAGUCAACUCAACCUUGUUGCGAUAUAUCGCCAGGACUUCCGAGAUCUCGUCGUUUGUAAGCGUUCUGUUUUUUUUGUCGAAAUUAAAUUUUUUUUUCAUUUUUUAAAAAUUUUUAUCACUUUUUUUUAUUGAAAAACUGUUUUUUUUUGAUUUUUGUAAAUUUUCAGGAUUAUUGGCUGGAUAUAAUCAGCGCGCUGGACGACUUGGCCGAAAAAAAGACCCGAAAAAUGGUGAUCGUCACCCUGCUCAGCCACUGGCAAACCGUGAUUUGCAGUCAAAUCCAACUCUUCGACCACCAAUUGGCCCACAAGUACAGAUGCGUCAUCGAAAAGUCCCCGUCGGCCUCGAAAAUGGCGACACUGGAAAGCCAGACGGAGGCCGAGAAACUGGAUGAAGUCCCCGAAUCUCCGACCCGACCUCUUUUGCAACGAAGCCACACCGCUGAUGUCCCAUUGAGGGACGAAUUGAAGUCUUCGAAUACCCAAUCCACCUUCGUCGAAUCGGCCACGGGAUCUCUGCCGCCAAAUGUGGCGGGUCCGAGCGGGAUCAAAACCAUGCCAACUACUCCACAGAGGACUUCAGGUAGGGAAAAUUGGCCGGAAUGAGAGUUUUAAAUUUUGACGAAAAUUCGAAAUUGAUGAAAAUUUGGAUGAUUAUUUUAUGGGGGGUUUGUGAGAUUUGUAACCCGUAAUUUGCGAAAAAUAGUAGAUAUCUUGAUCGAAAAAUGACAAAAAGCGGGAUUUUUUUUGCGAUUUGGGGAUUGAUAGUAAUAUUUUUGAAUCAAGGCGACAGGUAUAAUUUUUUUGCCAAAAAUUUUUUCGACUGGUCGAUUCUUGAUUUUCAGGCUAAAAAUUGAUAAAAAGUUUAUCUUUUUUUCUCCCGAAAUUUUUUUUCCUUGGUUUUCAGGCCACCGCCGCCAGGGCUCGAAUGCUACGGUAACCGGCUUCCAGCCGGGGCACCGUCGCGGCCCUUCCUCCGCCACUCAAGCCACCCUCCAAGAGCCGCAGCCCAAGAAGGAGGACCUCUAUCACUGGAUUCUGCGUGCCCAAAAGGAAUACAAACAACGCCGCGAACUCACACCCAAGGUGGAGCCCGACCUCACCCACGAAGUGAACCCCAUGGAACUGCUGUUGUCCGUCUUCUUUUGGCGAAUCUACGAGCAGCGGACGCUCGACAAGACCGCCAUGGACUCGUUUUCGGCCCUCACCGACAAAGCCCUCACGGUGCAGAUCCACUGGUCGGCGCUGAAGUUGGACGUCAUCGAAAAGAAAUUUCUCAACACAACCUCAGAAGGCCUUGUCUUGGGCUACAGUCAUCAUCAUUUCGGGGUCCUGGAAUCGCUCGAACUGAAUGGAGUUUUCAAGUACGAUGUGGGACUGGACGACCUCCAACUCCGACCUCUGAUUGUCCAUCUGGAUCUGGAUUACAGUCUCAAAGUGCAAAGCAUGAAGAUCGUGGCCUCGUUGGCGUCGGUCUGCCUUGUCAACGAUCUCGCCAUGUCGAUUAGUGCAUGCGCUCAGACAAAAAAGAAGCCAAAAAGUGUGGCGGAACACUCGUACCGAUCACGUCUGCCCUCUUCGCUGAACGAAGAAGUCGUCGAUUUGUAUUGGACGGAGCCAGUUAUGGACAAGCUUCACGAUUAUCAGAGAUAUGCGUACGUUGCACUGGGUUUUGAAACUGAUUUUUCAGUUAAAUUUACUGAGUUAACUAACAUGUAUUUACCACAUAUUUUAGAAGCAAAACUCUUCAACGCUCCUGCCUCUUGGCCGUAAAUAUCAAAGGCGGUUGUAAUCUGAAAUCACUCCUGCUGGAAUGCAUGUUGACCGAUCUGUUCAUCUCCCUAACCUUCAUGCGUAUCAGCCCAAGCCACGCCCACCAUUGGAGUCUCCAAAAGGACGGAGCCCUGACCUCGCCCAGAAAACCGGCGAAGAAAAAUGCGUCGGCGUCGGAGCCCCGGCUCUCGGAUUCGGUGGCGCUGGACAUCAAAAGAGCCAAUCUGGUCUUGUCGGAGCACCGAACGCAUCAGAAACUGCAAUCCGAAACGAAGCAGAUUCUCAAUUGCUCGUUGAAACAGAGCUCUGGCCUGUUUGAAGUGUAAGAUCCGAGUUUUUUGAACUUUUAAAUUUUUUAAAAUAUUUUCCGAGUUUUUGGCAAAAGAAAUUUUUUGUGUGAAAAAAUUAUUUCCAAUUUCUAUUUUAGCAACCUUUACCCUGAUCGACCACCAGCUCGCAAACUACAAAUCCAGCUGGGUGAUAUGGAAGGGGACCUCCCAAUGCACGCCCAAUCCAUCCAUGAAGUCGUCCUGCGACAUGGCCCCGAACUCCAUCAACAAUUGUAUCGAAUCGUCGCUCAGCAAGUCCAAUACUUCCCACAAACGGAGGAGCAACGCGCCAGAUCGUCCACGAACAACACGCUGGAGAGAUCAGAAACAAAAUUUGAGCCAAAUAUUUUAAACGGAGAUGCCCAGUUUGUUAAUAAGAAAGAGGAUUUUGAGGCGGAUAAGAGCGAAUGGAACAUCCCGAACUCGGUCAAUUUCCGGCAUAAUUACAGCCCCAACACCACCGGAUCCCACCUCGACCUGCCCUCUCGGCCCACCGCGCCCAGCCAACUCAGCACCUCGACGUUGGUGCCGGAACGCCAAAAAAUCUAUGAAAUCGAUUUCGAAUUGAAAGUUUCGAGCGUCGAAUUGGAUGCACAACUUUUGCCAUCGUUGAGAACGAAGUAUAAGUUGAGCAAAGCCAAAGCAACCGGGAAUACAGGGCAGUUUUCGAGAUUCAAGGUGAGGAAUCGAGACAUUUUUUUGAUUUUUUUGUUACUCAAGGAUGCUCAAUUCUCGAUGAAACUUGGCUAAAAUUGAGAGUAUUAUUUGAUAAGACUGUUGCCAGUUUUCUAGAUUGGGUUUUGUAAAAAGAAGACCUAGAUUUUUUAGGCUGAAAAUUGGCAAAAAUUAAAUUUUUUUCGCGAAUUUGGCCAUAAAAGAAGAAAGUCGCAUCUCAAGAACACACCUAAAAUUUUUUAGGGAAUUUUGUCCUCGAAUGAGUAUCCAAUUUUGAUCCUAUUUAUUUCCAGGCGGAGGUAGUUGACCAUCAAGUCUGUUUCCUUGUCAUGCAAGCCCACGAAGAAGGGAACCCGUCCACUUUGGAGACCUUCACAUUGCCUCUCCCCUAUAUAAAAGCCUCGGGCGAUUUUCGUCGCUCUCCCGGCACAAACGCACCCGGCCCCAAUCCAAUGCUGGUCUACAAGGACGGCGGCUAUCAUGACGUCAAGGUGACCAUGGGACCGAUGGAACACACCUUCUCCACGGACCUGUUGAAUCAAAUUUUGUUCGCGGAGCAAAGUUUCCGCUCGGAAUUGACCUUCUUGCUGGAGAGGCUGUCCGUGGAACGUCAGGCCAGCUCAUCGCCGUUGCCGUUGCUCAGCGGAAACUCGAAACCGAUUCUGUUUGAUUUGACGGUAAGUUUUUCAAAGAGUUUAAGGAGUACAGUGGGGGACCUGAUCCAGUGGCAAAAACGUACCAUUUUGCAUCCGGGAAACAUUAAAAAUGUGGAAAAAUGCUUCCCUUUUCAAGUGAAAAAACUUGGUUUUGAAGGGCCCUUUCCCUUACAAAAAGAGCGGGCGCGCUUUUAAAAUCAGAGUUUUUUUACUUGGAGAGGGAAGCAUUUUGCCAUAUUUUUGAUGCUUCCCGGAUGCAAAAUGGUACGUUUUUUGGCACUGGAUCAGGUCCGUCACUGUAACGAUUCAACUCAAAAUUGUGUUUUAGUUCGAAGGAGAGGGCGCGCCAUGGAUCCAACUGACCGCUUCCACUCCCACCGCCACCGCCGUCCGCUUCACCAUCGACGGCCCGACGGCGGUGAUCACCAACCGACUGAUGCUCGUGGAAGCCAGCGACGGGAACAAGGUCACGAAUUCGGAGCCGGAGCGCCUUCUAGGCCGCGCCAAAAUCCAACUGAAUGUGAAGCUGGGCCAGCUGUGCAAGUCCGCCAUGUACGAAGAGGCCAAGGAAGAGCUGCAGGAAUACGCCACGUUCAUGACGCAGAUCUCGGCCCAGAACGAAGAGGUCGCCCACAACUCGAUUCACAAUUACAUCAUCACCCUGAACAGACCCAUCUUGUUGGCCAAGGCGACCGCCAUUGAUAAGGCGAUUUUGUUGUGGAUCAACUAUCGGAAUGCCUACAAUUAUUGGAGGGAGGAGCGGAGUAAAGUGAUGACACAACGCCAGUCCCAUCUUCCCGCUGCGCAUAAGACUCAUCAACAGGUGAGAAAUUGAUUUUGGAGCACCCACAUUUAAUGGCUAUGAGGAUUUUUGAUGGGAUUUUGAUGGUUUACAGUUGGGGACCUAAUCCGGUUGGAAAAAACGUACCAUUUUGCAUCCGGGAAGUAUCAAAAAUGUGGCAAAAUGCUUCCCUCUCCAAGUGAAAAAAUUCCGAUUUCAAAAGCGAGCCCGCUCUUUUUGUGAGGGAAAGGGCGCGCGCGCCCUUCAAAACCAAGUUUUUUUCUCUUGGAGAGGGAAGCAUUUUGCCACAUUUUUGAUACUUCCCGGAUGCAAAAUGAUACGUUUUUUGCCAGGUCCGUCACUGUAUAUCAAGUGUAAUUCAAAAAAAAAUUUCAGCCCGCUUCUGUCGACAUGAACAUGAACCUGUCGUUGUCGAUCCAAGGCGGCCUCUACAUUUGCAUGCCAAUGUUCAGCGAUGAGGCCUACGGAAUGUCGGCACUCCUCAUUUCCCUCCAAAAAUCGGAUGUUUCGGUCUGUGUGAAGAAGGAGUUGGCCUGUCAUGCAAAAUUCGAAGCUUUCCGAAUUGCCUUUGUGGACUCGUUUGAUGAACAUGUAAGUGGAAAUUUGAGAAAUUUUUAAAAACAAAAUAAAAAAUUUUUUGGCUUUUGGUGUCUUUGAUGAUUCUGGGGAUUGAUGAUCGAAAAACUUAAUUUUUUUUUGAAUUUACAAGGUAUUUAUCGCAGUUCCGUAGCCUUUUUUCAAGUUCUGUACAACUUUUUUAUUAAUAAUUUACCUUUUUUUUGUCUCUUUAAUUCCUCCUUUAGUCCCUUUCCGACGUCUGGCUGCAAGAAAACACCGGCGAACAGGUGCACUCGAACUUUAUCUUCUUCCCCGAGGGCUCCUACUACUUCUGCUCCAGCGCCAACCCACCCAAGGACGAAGAGGACAACGCCAAGUGGAUCCUGUCCAUCCAAUCCGACAUGAAGGGAAUGAUCAUCGACUUUGACAGCCGGAUCGGAAAACUCAUGAACCAAUGCGUGAAGACGCUCUCCUCGGUCACGAACAGCGAGGAAGAGGUGGCCGACGACACGGUGUACGCCGAAUCCGAAGCCAGCUCCAUCCCGAAGCCGUCGGCUCGCAGCCUGACAAUCGACUCGCAAUUCACUGCGCCGCGAAGCGAAAGCCCGUCCAGCGAAUUGGAGAACGCAAUCGAUGAGAACAACUUGAAAUUCGAGGAAAUGAAUCAACUCGUUGGGCAUGAAAACAAAAUUCGUUGGCUCGAGAAAAAAGUAAUUUUUUUUUUGAAUUUAGGUUGAGAUAAUGGGAUUCCAACGGAAAUUCUAAUUGCUUUAUAAAAAAGACGAUAUUUAUCUCGAAUCUUGAUGAAAUUUGGCAAAAGUUUUGACUCGUUUUGAGGAAGAAAUCAAAAUUUUUGACGAUUUUUUGGCCGAAAUUUGAGGAAAAGACGAGUUUUUUUUAAAGGUUCGCCUCGGUUAGAAGUGAGGACUACAUUUAAAAACCCCAUUUUUUCCAUGCUUUCUUUUCAGAUGCACGAACAAUCGAUCCUCGUCACGGACCUGAAGAACUGCGGCGCCUCCGAAUAUAACAUCGAGUUGGAGCGGCGGAAACUCCGCAUUCUCGAACUGGCUCGCUUCAAACAAUUCCGGCUGACCAUGCUCGACAAAUUGAAACGAAAAGUGGACCAGCUCCCGGACCCCCCAACCAAACCUCGCGAAAGCCCCAGGUCGACCCUGUUGAGCACCGUACCCGAAGAGAAACCGGAGCCGACGCGAGCUGGAAAUGUGGUCGAAAGUGUGGACAUGAAUAUUGAUGUGCAGGUGAGAGGAGAAUUUAGAGAAAAUUGGAUGAAAGUUUCGAGUUCUUUGCGGGAAUUGGGAUAGAAUUGAGGAAAAGGAUACAGUGGCGGACCUGAUCCAUUGGCCAAAAACGUAAAAUUUUUCAUCCGGGAAGUCUCAAAAAUGCAGGAAAAUACCUCCCUGUCCAAGUGGAGAAACUACGAUUUCAAAAGCGAGCCCGUCCUUUUUGUGAGGGUGCAGCUCAAAACGGAGUUUUUUUUAGUUGGAGAGGAGGCAUUUUGCCACAAUUUUGAUACUUCCCGGACGCAAAAUGAUACGUUUUUUUCCACUGGAUCAGAUCCCUCACUGUAGUUGCUGAUUGGUGUUUCAGAUAAAAAUCGAAACUGGACAUUGCAUUCUCCGCGCCAAUCAGGCCCCAUCAUCCCAGAAAGACCCCUCCGCCCAGAAACAACUGACCAAACGGCUGUCGGCGAAGGAUCUGAAGUCCCGCUCCCUGACCUCUUCCCAGUCGAUAACAACGCUCCAGAUUCCCAGCCUCGACGCCAAACUCUUCUACACCUCCGACGACUCCCGCUCCACCCCACCCGACCAUCUGAAGUCGGUGUUGGGCCACAAAAAUCGGCCCAAAUCCAACAAAUGCUUCUAUCUGGCCCUGGAGCUGGCCAAAAUGCUCGAGCCCACACUGGUCACACCCGCUCUGGCCGACUUCCUCGAGCAAGUGGUGGAACCGCUGCCCGACGAACUCUUCGAACCCCAGAAUGCGCAGCCAGCGACGGUUCGAGAGGCGGACGACGGAGUUCCGAUCGUUGUUCUCGACACCAGCGGCCUUCCAUUGGACGUGUUCUUCCACAUGACGGUUUAUUCGAGUGUGAUCCGUUUUGAAGGUAGGUAAAAAGUUUUAAAAUUUUUAAAUUUGCAAACAUUAUUUCAGAAAUUCAGAAAUCAACUUUGAAGAAGUAUUCUGUUGAAUUUGUUUUUCCUUUAAACGAGCAAUUUCAGGGCAACAGCAGCGAUCGAGUUCGGCGGCGGAUUGUCUUCUAACCCUCCCCAGUCUGACUCUAAUGGCCUCCACUCGGAAAUACAACGAGCAAUCGUUGAAUGUGGCCGGGAUCUACUUGUCCGCCACCCUCUCCAACUUUGAGAUCAGCAUCUACAGCCCGCAUCAACAAGCCAGCAGUCAUGACGCGUUGGCCGUCAAACUGGACAAAUUUUCCAUCACGGCCUCGAGAACAAAAUGCCCGACGAAUGAUGAGGAGAAAAAUAAGGUCCAGGUAGGAGAGCUCGAAAAUGAAAAAAGAAAAAAUUAAAUUUAAAAAAAUCUGGAAUGAAAAGGCCGUGAAAUAAAAUGUUCCCCAUGUUUCAGCUGGUGAUCGUCUCCAACGUUGGCCGCGCCGACUUCAACUACGAUAUGCGACGACUGGGCGAACUCCUCUCGUUCCCGAAGCCCUGGUACCGCAAAAAGCUGAUCCAACGCGUCUUCUUCGGCGAACAGUCCCUCCAACGGAAGAAUUCCACAUCAACCACCCAUUCCGCGCCUUUCUCGGCCAAUCAGAGCUAUAUUCAGGGUAAGAAAGGGGCAAGUUUCGAAGGGUUUACAGAGCUUUGAUAGCCGAGAUUUUUGUGUCGAAAGGUGGGAGAAAGUGAUAUUUUAGCGGCAAUGAAAAGAUGAGGUAUUAAGUUUGGUAAAGCUUUCAGAAAAAAGUAGUCCACUUAAUGAAUCAACCAUUUUUGGUGUCGAAGACUUCUAAAAAAUUGAAGAGACCCGAAUCUGGUCGGUUUUCUGUAAGUUUCGACUCAAAAAAUGGUUCAUUCUGGAAGACUUGUGCUAGGAAUCUUGCUGAAGUACAGUGACGGACCCUAUCCAGUGGCAAAAAACGUACCAUUUUGCAUCCGGGGAACAUUAAAAAUGUGGCAAAAUGCCUCCCCCCUCCAAGAGAAAAAACUUGGUUUUGAAGGGCCCUUUCCCGCACAAAAAGAGUGGGCGCGCUUUUAAAAUCAGAGUUUUUUCACUUGGAGAGGGAAGCAUUUUGCCACAUUUUUGAUACUUCCCGGAUGCAAAAUGGUACGUUUUUUGCCCUUGGGUCAGGUCCCCCACUGUACAUUUCUUGGCAAAUUUACAUCCUCAUUUUUUCGAUCCGGCUUAUCAAAGACCCAAAAAAAUUUUCUACUUCAGGUCCCGCCCACCUCAGCGACCAACCGAAACCGCCGGCCCAGUCCAAACCGAGCACCGAGCGAAGCGAAUGGGCGGCGGCCGUCGACUUCUCCAUCCAAUGGUCGGAGCUGAACGUCAACGCCCAAAUGUCCAACACAAUGGGCAACACCACAUGGCUGGUGCGCGACGGAAUCCUGCGCGGCCAUGUCCAACUCGAUUCGAAGCGGCAACGCAGCAUCUCGCUGGGCUUCAAGCUGCGCAACUCACAGCUCAGCGCGCAAGGCGGAGCAAUAUCCGGCGACAUUGAGGUCAGCAAGCUGCUCGUCGCCACCAGAUACACCAAAUCCGCGGAGGUAAGAGAAUUUCUUUUUUAUUCUGUAAACGGAAACUGGAAAUUUUAUUUAUUUAACAAGGAAAGUACUUCUAUGGGGUAUGGAGUACUUUCCUCGUAAAAAAGUUUAUUUUAUUUUUUAUUUUAAUUUUUGCAUUUUAAUUUUUGCGUUUUUUCAGAAGCCCCCGGAGAGUGUUGCCAAGUUGGAGUUUGGGCAAAUCGAAUGCCGCGUGGAGUGGAUGAGCCGUCCGAUCUUCAUCGGGCGCUUCGUCAAGCCCUGUCUGAUCAUCACCGACGAAUGGCAGUCGCACGCGCAGCCGGACGGCCAAGUCGACGAAGCCGUCUGCAUGCUGAAGGUGAACGGCUCCUGGGACAACCUGGACAUGAUCAUCACCAAAAACACGACCGGCGACAUGAUCAAGAUUGUGGACAAGCUGGCGACCUUCUUCAACGAGCAACUCCAAAGCAGUCGCAUGGUUUGGGGCGACGACCUGUUCGUCCACCUCAGCCACUCGCGCGACAACAUUUCGGUGUCGUCGGACGAGACCACCACGUCCACGACCACCACCGUCAAGCCCGAGCACACGCCGAGCGCGUCGCGGUCGAGUCUGGACGGGGGGAAUCGGCUCAACUCCUCGCACGCCCACCAUUGGCAACGCAUCCUGGACUUGGUCACCGACAUUCAGGCGAGUUUUCCAUCCCGCAAUUCAAGCAAACUUUUCGCGUUUCAGGUCAAGAAGAAGUACCUGCCGCUCCCGAUGACCAGGCACGGCGUGACGCUGGUCGGCGGCGUCAUCGAAUUCGACGCCAAACGAAUCAGUCUGGCGUGCAUGAACGGCGAAAUCAACGCCUCUUCCUGGGCCCUCUUCCACAUGCGCGAGGCCAACACCCUCUUCACUUGCAAGUCCAAGUACCUGUUCCUGGACCCGGAAUGCACCGAAGUGGGCGUUCACACCGAACAGAAAUUCAUCUUCAAACUGGGCGCGCCCUUGAACACGGACUCGGCCCACUUCAGCGAAUGCAAGGCGUCGGUUUGUCGAGUUCAGCACACCCGCAACUUCCUGAUGCGCCACAACACUUCUGUGGAACUGUGCCUGGACGCCAUGAUCGGCGACGUCCUAAAACAGCUGAAUCUGUACGCGGAGCCGGGCCAGAAGAUAUCUCCGGCGAGAUUCACCCAUAAUGUACUGGAAUUAUUCCAAUUCCCAGCGCUGGAUUCAACGUUAACUACGGUCCAAACUAGUCCAGUUGAGGUUUCACGACAAUUUGCGGACUUUGCGAUGGAUGUUGUAAGGAUUUGGGGGGUUUUUUGAGAUUGGAGAAAACAUUUUUAUUUUCCUGAUUUUUAUCCGCUCACUUUUUAUGACGUAAUUUUUUUCAUUGUGACAAAAUUUGCAGGUGGAAAGCACCUUCAUCUGCGAAUUCCACAACGCCGUCUGUGUUCAGACCGAUUUCAACGCGCAAGUCGGGUUUCUCCCCGAAUUGCUGAAGAGUUAUACGCUCGGCAACGACGACAAAGCUUCGGGAUCCCAGAAGCCUCCCGCCGAGAAGGAUGAGGACUCCAAAAAAGAGAAACAAAAGAGAGACCUCAGGCAAUAUGUGUGCCGCCAGUGGUCCGUGGACCCAAAAAUACGGUUCAUCGACCGCUUCAAAUGGAAUCCACCAGUGAUUGACGAUGUCCUCAGAAAGUUACAGGUAAAAAUUUAAUCAUGUUCAAAUGUUUGGAGAAGGUUUUGUGUUUGCAGUAAUUUUAAGCCGACACCGACUAAAAUAAGGUAGAUUUUGUUUGAAAUUUUGCGAAUUUUUGGAUAGUAAGGACCAUGUGGAGGUGUGUUAUGAACUCUAGUUUAUUCCUAGCAACAAAUUUUACUCAUGAAAUUGAAAUCGAAAUUCCAAAAAUAUUCUUUUUUUCCAGAUUUUCGACCAUCGAACCACCAUCCCCAAAGUCAUGCAACGCGGUCUCCUGGACCACAGCGAUCAACUCAUCGCCGUCAUGCUGGAAUGUGUAGUCCGUCAGGCGCUCAGAGAGUAG